AUGGGACUACAAGAUGAUAAUAUAUUGGAUUUAGACGAAACAUUAUAUAUAAAACAAAGUUUUUAUGGGUAUGAUAUAUCAUGGGAUAAUGUUAUACAGAGAUUGCUAAGUACUGGAUCAUUAAAAUUACCAAUAACAAUAGAUCACGCUGUGUUUGCAGGCAAUAUAUUUUAUAUUUCAUUGUUAUCAGGGCAGUUAUUAAGAUGGUGUCCUAAUGAAAGGAUCACAGAUCUAAUAACACUAGAGCCACCUAUAGGGAUAAGUGGUGUAUUUGAUAAUAUGUCAAGUAGCUCAUCCUCUACACUUCAAGUAUUUACUGAUAGUACAGGACAUCAUGCUUUAGUAUCUGCUGGGACUGGAGAGACAUGGUAUCUUCAUAGAAGUUUUACUAAGGCUAGACAUUUAUCAAAACUUAGCCGCUAUUAUAUUCAGAGUGUAGGAUGGAAUAAUUGGGAGAAUAAGAAAAAAUCUAGUUCUUCAAUAUCUAUUAUAAUAGGUUGUAGAUCUGGUACUCUAUUAACCACAAUUUUAGGUCCAGAUAUAUCUUCAAGUUUAACUGUUGUUCGUAUUUUAUAUGAAAUACCUAGUUCUCCUAUAUUAGAUAUUUAUUUAGAUUCUAUAGAUUUUGAAGAUGGUGAAUUUCAAGCAAAUAGUGAGAUAGAUAUUUCAUCUUUUGCAGUUAUUGUUGCUACUUCUAGUAGACUACUUUUAUGGAGUGGAUAUAGCAGGAUUCUUGAUUUAUUUAUGAGUAAUGAGAAUAUAGGCACUGAUCAGAAGCCUGGUCUACAGAUUGGUAGUAUAGAAAGUAGUGAUUCAUUUACUACCAAGAUAAGAAUCUUGGAUUAUUCUUGUAAUAAAAAGAUUUUAUUAUGGAUAAAUAGUAAAGAUGUAAAAACUUAUCCAUUAUACCACAAAGAUGAAAUAUCACUAAUAAAUAAUUUUAAUAUGAUACAAAAUAAACCAAGAAAGUAUUAUACUAUUGGCCACCCAAACAAUUUUGAUUAUUUGAGUUACUAUAACAAACGACCCAACUCUAUUGAAUGUGCUAGAUAUCACAUUAUAUUUUUAUUUGAUGAUUCCAUUUCAAUUUUAUCUGCAAUAUCCUGUAAACCAAUAGUAAAUACAUUAGUAGGAACUUCUAUUAAUCCCGUUAUGUCAAGAAAUGGGUAUAAAACAGAGAGAAAUAAUUGUAGUUUUCAUCAGGUACUCAGAAGUCUGGUAAUAAAUUACUCUAAAUCACUGUUUUCUAAUUCAUCUGAGACAAUAAACUCCAAAUAUUCCCUUUGGGCUUAUUCUGAUGAGUUUAUUUAUAAAUUAACCCUUGUUAAUGAAGAGGAAAUAUUAUGGAAAGAGUGGUUAUAUAUUGGGUUCUAUAAAGAAGCUCUUCAAAGCAUUGAGAUAAGCUGCUCAGACGAACAAAUUUUGCAAAGGAGACGAGAUUUAAUAUAUCGUCUUGAAAUAAUAGAUCAUUUACGCAAUGGGGAUAUUCAAGAAGUGGGACAUUUACUUUCUAAAUUAACUAGCAUUUCAUUUAAUGAUAUCUGUCUAAUGCUUAUUCAACAUAAUUACUGGUUUGGAAUUCUUAUAUACCUUAAACAUAAAUUUCUAAAUUUAUCUGAAAGUUUAUCUAACUUAAAUUCUUCUGCUGAAUUUAUUGUUUUAUCAAUUUGGUUAGUUGAAGUUCAUUGUUAUAUUUUAUCAUCCUUAAGUGUAUGUAAGAAUUUGGACUGUGACCAAGCCCAAGGUAUCAAAGAGAAUAUAGAACAAAAUUUAGCAGAUGGUAAACAAAAAGUAAAUAUAUCAUUUUUGACAAAUAAAGAUUCUAAUACAGUUGAAAGAAAUACUCCAACAUCUUUAAAAGACCCAGGUAUUUUAAAUAUGAGUAAUUCUGGAUAUGUAUCCCCUAAGACUUCAUAUAAAGAAAUAAGAUUACAAACAAUAGAGAAUAGAACUGAAGAAUCUAACAAAAAUUGUAGAAAGUUGGAUAAUACUAUAGACCCAAUCUUAUCAUUUGAAUCAAUAUCAUUAUCACUGAGAAAUAUUUUGCAGAUAGUAUCUAGUAUUGAUGAAAUACAGAGUAUUCUAUAUAAAAUUCUUUUACAGUAUGAUUGUAAGGAAGAGUUUUUUUACUAUGCAGAGUUAUGCAAUGAUUGGAAUGUUGUAAUACAAGAGCUAAUAUAUAUGGGACUAGUUAAUAGUAGAGACACAAAAAAGUGUUAUGAAAAACUUUUGGCUGUUGAUAAUAUAAGUAAGAGAGAUUCUUUUGUAUAUAACUAUGCUCCUUUGCUUUACAUUUUAGAUGCAGGGCGCUUUGUAUCACUUUGCACUCGUCCUUCUCUUUCUACAAUAAAGUUAGAACUUCUCCUUCCAUAUAUCUUACAAGAUCCAAUCGAUAUAUAUAACUUUGAGGAAAGGAACUAUAAUUUGAAUCAGCUUGGAAUAGUUUUAAUUGAGCAUUUUUUAAGAUCUAUAAAUAACUUUGUAGAUGAAAAAGAUAAUUCUUCUAAAGAAUCAAUAAAUAAAAUUGGAAGAAUAAAUACUUCUGCAAGAUUAGGAAUACUUGCUACUUCUAAUCCUUGGAAUGGCUCUAAAGCCGUUUGGAAUGUCUUAGCAAUUCUUUGCUCAAAAAUGGAAAAUGGAGAGGAACUUUUAUUAUCUUACAUAGCUCCUCUACUUGAACUUACUAGUACUUACGAAGCUAACGAUAAUGAUAUAUUAGGAUUGGGUUAUUCUGGUAAAUAUAUAAAACAACUGGAUGAAUUUUCUAUUAAACCUGUAGAAUUUGAUUUACCGUUUCUUUUAAGUAUAUGUAGAACUAAACGUUACAAACGUUUAGAAGUAUACAUAUGUUGUUUACUAGGAAUGUAUGAUAUGGGGAUGGAGCUUUGCCUAAAGGAGUUGCAAAAUAUUUCAUUAACAAGAGAGAUAAUAUAUAGAUUUAUAGAUAAUAGUAGCCGAAGAAGAUGGAUAUUAGAUCUAAUAAAACCUUUAGGAAAAAAGGGAGAUAUUGAGAGCUUGUUAAAAUUACUAGAUGCAUCUCCUCAAGGUAUCCUAACUUUAUCGGAUAUUCUUGAGGUUAUACCAGACUCUUUACAUUUGGGACUAUUUCAAAAACCUAUUGUUGAUACUAUUCAGUUAUAUGACCAGUUGCUGCAAAAACGCCAAAAGGCUAAUAAUGAUUAUAUGCGUAAUUAUCAACAUCUACAGAGUGAUGUUUCAGCUAUUCAUUCAAAUUUUAAUAUUCUAACAAGAAAUAGUAGUGAAUGUAAUAGCUUGUGUGGCAUAUGUUUCGAAAAUGUAUUAGACUCAUCUCCAUGUUUUUCAUUAUUGGAGGUUAGAAAAUUUAUUGAAAACCUACAAUUUAAUUGCUUUGAUAAUUUAGCUUAUCAGAAUAUUUUGGAUAACUUCUUUACUUCUGAUAACUUAAGUGUUUACUCUACAUGGAAUAUUAAAGAUAAAAGUACCAAAAUUACAAACUUUUCUGCAAUUACAUAUGACUUGUCUAAUUAUUCUAAGAUACAUGAAAGAGAUCGCGUAUUUUCUAAUUUACAACAAAAUAAAGAAUUGAAUGAAAAUAAUGGAACUUCAGUUAAGAAAUUGAUUUCCCCAUCAGGCUCUAAAAUAAAAACACCUUGUAAUCUCAAAAAUGAUAAGAGGUUAGAAAGAGACAUCCAAAAUAAUAAGUAUUCUGGUUAUUUUUUGAAAUACUAUAGCUCAAAAAUUCUAGUAUUUCCAUGUUCACACUCUUUUCAUUUUGGAUGUGUUCUAUUUACAAUUGUGUCUUUAAUGACAGAAGAAGAAAUCCCCAAGAUUAGGAGGAUGAUACAAAAUAUAUGUGAUUCUGCAUCAAAAUAUAAUAAAAAAAGUACAUCCCCUAAUAGUACUAGUUUUCAGCACUGGAAUAAUGAGAUAUCUAAAAUAUGUACCCAAGAGUGUCCUUUGUGUGGUGAAAGCAUGAUUAGAAGUGUACUCAAACCAUUUAUUAACACUGAAUCUAAUUAUGAUGAAUUAGAGGCUCAAACAUGGACAAUUGAAAAUUCUUAG